CCACGCCAGUGCAGGGGUCGCAAGUGCAACGGCUUCCAGCUUCGGUUCAGAUGCCAGGGAACUUUGUUACUUUAUCUUGGCUCCUUCUUAAAGCAGCUAGCUAGCUACCGCAGUAAAGCAGCGUUCGUGAUCUAACAGUCGUAAAAGUGCUUCACUGUAGUUUUAUUUUCUUAUUUUAUUCUAAGUGUUUGACAACGACCCCACGCGCGACCAAGAUCUGAACAUAUAGCAGCAUAGCUUAGUAUUAUAAAUUCUUACUUUAGUUUAGUUUUUAUACCGUUUAGUUGCAGUUCAAGCUGCUCAUUGAAGGGACUCCUUUUCCAGACUAAUCAAUUCUGUCAGCAAUUGCUCUUUGUGUCGUGAUUUAUGAACGUCCGUUUUAUUCAUAAGAAAAACAAAAAUUACAAAACACCAGCAAUCUGUGAUAACUACCAAAAUUUUCAUCAUGUUCACAUUUUAUAGAGCGCAGCUUCCUCUUUUACUCGUACUUUUUACGAUUAUAGGUACAACACUGGCCUGUGAACUGGACCAAAUGCAUCACGGUUGUAGAAUCGCCAGUGCUAAGUGCAGCUGCGGAUACGGUUGUCGGUCUGAAUACAGAUACAACAAUAUCAAGGAGUGUUAUCGCUCAUUAAAUGGGAGUCGCAACGACAUAUGCUACAGAAGACCUUGCAGACACGGAGGUUCCUGUCUUCAAAUAUCCCAGGAUCCUGGAUUCAAAUGCCAAUGCGAAGGCACCGGUUUCUACGGACCUCGAUGUGAUAAUGCUUGUCCCGGCCCACAAAAUUCGCUCAUCCAUGGACCGUUUCCUUACGAGUGCGUUGUGAUUUAAUUAUUUUUCCAUCAUUUGAAUAUAAAGUAUGAUUUAUCUCCCAACUAACGUUCAUCGAUUUAAAUAUAUAUUGUUAUAGGUAUAUUUUUCUCACCAGAAUCUUUAUAAACAACACAAUUAUAAUAGUAAUAAUAAUAAUACAUCUUGUACAUAUUGAAAAGCGUAGUCUGCAUGAUUUUCAUAGCACAAUUAUGUGUACAGUGCCUAGAUGUAACUAGCGUAAAAAAAAGAGAAGUGGAUCUCUUUCUGACGUCCUAUGAUCUUCUCUUCCCAAACGAUGAAUUUUCACCAAUUGACCCAUCGAUGUAAUUGAACAGAUCUCAAAAAUAUUUCAAUCACCCCAACUGAAGCGCAGGGUGAACUAAUUAAAUUUCCAACGGAGCCUCAGAAAAAAAAAAAA